GGUGUCACCGGUCUAUCUGUGCGCCUCUGGACAGCACACAACCUGGCUGACGACGCUGCUGCUGCUCAAGCCCCGUAGAUGAGUCUCCUCCUCGGCUAUGCUGCCCUGAGAGCGCCGCCGCGAGUCACCGCCCUGCCAACAUGUCUGAUGUCAACAAGACUGUUCAGAAAUGGCACGCCAGUUUCAGAAAAGGCACAGACUUUGACUCGUGGGGACAAUUAGUGGAGGCUAUAGAUGAGUACCAAAUUCUAGCACGACAACUGCAAAAAGAAGUCCAGUCAACAAAUUCAUCAGACUUCACAGAGGAGCAAAAGAAAACUAUUGGGAAGAUUGCAACAUGCCUGGAGAUGAGAAGUGCCAGUUUGCAGUGCACACAGUCAAAGGAGGAGUUCAAGUUAGAAGACCUGAAGAAACUGGAAACCAUUAUUAAGAAUAUACUGACCUACAACAAAGAGUUUCCCUAUGAUGUCCAGCCAGUGCCGUUAAGGAAAAUCCUUGCUCCGGGUGAAGAGGAGAACCUGGAGCUGGAGGAGGAGGAGGAUGCUGCAGCAGGAGUAGGAUCAACAGAAGCUUUCCCCCCACGUGCUCCUGGUACCUUGUUGCCACGGUUACCUUCAGAGCCUGGGAUGUCACUGCUUACAAUAAAGAUUGAAAAAAUUGGGUUGAAGGAUGCCGGGCAAUGCAUCGACCCUUACAUGACCAUUAGUGUUAAAGAUUUGAACGGUGUAGAUGUGAACCCAAUGCAGGAUACCCCCGUAGCAACCAGGAAGGAAGACACCUACAUUCACUUCAGUACUGACAUAGAGAUCCAAAGGCAUGUGGAGAAAUUACCCAAAGGAGCAGCUAUCUUCUUUGAAUUCAAGCACUACAAACCCAAAAAGAGGUUUACCAGCACAAAAUGUUUUGCCUUCAUGGAAAUGGAUGAGAUCAAACCCGGACCCAUCGUAAUUGAACUGUACAAGAAGCCCACAGACUUCAAGAGGAAGAAACUGCAGCUUCUAACAAAGAAACCACUUUAUCUCCAUCUUCAUCAAACAUUGCACAAGGACAGCUAAGUUGGAGCACGCCUUGAACCUUAAUCCACCCCCUUUUUAUCUAUGUCAUACAUCCACAUCCAACAAAAUGUGGUGUUCCACCUCAUUACAUCCAGCAAUACUAAAUCAAAGUUGUAAAGUUGUUUUUUUUCCCCCCAUGAGCAAGAAAGUUAAGUGAACUGAGCCAGACAUUAUCACAUCUACUUAGUCUGCCACAAUUAGUUUUCCUUUAAAAAAAAAAAAAAAAAUCUUUAGGUUUCUUUUUAGGCACAUUCUCCUCUGUUGCAGGAACCCCCCUUAGACCCUACCCCCU